CUCUCUCCCCCUACUAUGUGAGUUGUGCGCUGGUGACCAACAGGCUCGCCCCGAUUAAAUCACCCUGAAUACGUCAUAGUGCCUGGCUGCCGACACAGCAAGCAUCCUCUCUCCAGGGCCUUUCCCGCCUUUGCGCCUCCACCACCACACACACACCACACCUUAAACCACACAACCGCCGAAUGUGUCCGCCCGUAGGUGUACUUGUUCUGCUUGGACGGCCACUGCUCCAUCCGUCAGACAUCUACUCUCUUCAGCAGCGGGAGGAGGGAGAAAGGGGAUGCAAUAAUGAGUGAAAAUCCGCUACCGUCGCCAAAUUCGUCGACGCCUAUCACGAACGUCACCAACCUCGCCAACGACGACAUUACCGCCUCCAGCACCAGCACCCACUCCGACAUCACGACUCCUAUAGCCACAGCCACUCCCACUGGCCUUCUAGAUAUCGCCGUAUCCCAAUCCCAGGCAUCACACACACUACAAUCCCACACAUCUCAGACAGCGCAUGCCAAUCGUCCUCCUCUACCUCGCCUACCCCGUAGUUCCGCCCAGGAUUCAUCGACGUCACCAGCCGGUGUUCACGAGGAAACCACGACCGAAAGCGAAUUGAGCGACUGCACACAAGAAGAAAGUGAACUAGACACUGGCGGCGAUGACAGCCAGGAUGAUUUCUCUCGUGAGAAGUCGUCUCCGGACGAGUUGGAGAUCGAGAGGCUCCGCAACCUGCAGUUGAAGAUGCUACAAAAGCAGCAACGUGCGCGCCUAAAGAGCGCAUCCAGCGCAAACAAUAUCGCCCUCGGGACUCGCAGGAUAUCGCCCAUCAAGGAGGAGCCGAUUCCCAGCAUGUCACCAACCCUCGAGGGCGCCUUCGGCAGUCCUUUGCCAACCGGUGCAACAGCCUCAACGGAAUCUACAGAAUCCGCCAGGACAAUUCGUGGAAGCAUGCCACCCACCCCUGCUGGCUAUCCGCUUCGUACGCCAUCUUAUCCUUUCCCUACUGUGCCUAGUACUCCAAUGGCCUGGUCCUCUGCGUUCCAUCAGCCCUUUACGAAGCUUUCGCCAACUGUAUCUGCCACCUAUGCCAGGGAUUUUGCGACUCCUAGGGAACGAAUAGCCUCUGAAGGUAGUACUCCUGCGGCAUCUGGUACACCCUUCGCCCCUGGUAGGAUGCCAUUUCCCAGUCCCGGUAUGGAAGACCCACGAUUUCCAAGUCCUAGCCUUUACGAUCUCGUUCUGCAAAUAGGGGCAGAACCCGGUCUUGCAUCGUGGUGGGAGGCUGUUACGACCAUCAUGCGGGACUGGUAUGGGGCAGAGCGCGCGACACUAGCUGUUCCCGCCGAUGCAUCCGAUAUUGAAAACGUUCCCUGGGGCCAGAAGACUACCCACAGCUCAGUUGUGCUCGACACACGACACCCACCGCAAGAGCAACCGGCUGAGACAAAACAAAGCCCAAUUCGAACAAGACGGAAUUUCGAAGAUCCUCAGUCACAAGAUGUGCCAUCACCAAGCAUUGCCCCAGAAAGAAGACCAAAGUUUGCUUCUCGACACUCGUUCGCUGGCCAUGAGCGGAAGGAUCCAUCCGACCAUGCUUCGCCCGGAACCCCAAUUCGGCCAAGAGGGCCACUCAGAACGGUUAGCCAUGCACCACAAUCUACGAUUCGAGCAGAUCAUCCAUUGCGUCAGGUAUCGCCAGUGUCCUUCGACGGCUCACCUCGUCACCCAUCGAUAUCGUCCAUCAAGGAUUCUAACUUUGGCGACACGGAAUUCUCGAGCGUUGGCGGAGACCUCUUGACGCAACCACAAACAGCAGUGUUCCCCGUUCUGCGUGCUUUAGACCACGAACCGGAUGCUCUAAUCGACAAUGUCGGGGUAAACCGCGUGUUAGAACGCGGUAGGGUGGUCACAUUGACGAGAGAUUACUCAACCUCUCUGGGAGCAUCAAGGAAAAACUCCAUAUCAGAAACCGAAGACGACGAACAAUCAAGCAAGCCUUCCUCACACAAGCUUGCCUCCUCAUCCGCACACGAUUCUCACAAAGGCACACAUCUUAAGGGUCGUGCUAGCCUUGCAGCAAAGGCCGAGCACGAGCCAAAAUUAGAACCCCGUUACGAAGAGUACGAACAAUUCCCCAGUUCUCCGUGGGCGCAAUCUCCAGCCCCCUCUCCCGCGAUCCAGAAUGACCCUGCUGAAAACCCGUUCUUCGCCAGUGGCAAGAUCGACGAAGAAACCUUCAACCCUUCAGGUUCAAGUCAAGACUACACACAAUAUGGGGUGGUGGAAGCAAUUGGCAUCGACAGGGCUAGUACCAUCACCCACAUCCCACUAUUACACCCGACCUUAUCCCAACCUAUGCAGCCUUUGAGUUCAGCAACCCAAACCCCCUCAAUGUCCCGCUCCCAAUCUGAGCAAUCCAUCAAGUCGCCACCUCCAACAGAAGAGGUUCAGCGACUAGCCCCGAUCGCCAUCUUGUCCAUCCUUUCGCCAACCGUACCAUAUCCACGUAAUCUAACUAAUUCUCUCAAGCUGCUUGGACCUCACCUUGCGACGUCUUUCUCCAACGCAUGGCAGUAUACUAAUGCCCAAGCACAGGCGACAGGUGUUCGAAGUCGCAGAUUCAUUUCCCCACAGCAGGUUGGUUUCACACCCUUAUCUGACCAAGAUAAACUGGAUGAUCUAUUGCACCUCGAUUUGGAGACGAUUGGAGGGUCUGCCGCUGGUAGCGUGACGAGCCCAUCGGAUUACUCUGGUCGAUCAAAGCAUAGCCCAGGUGGCUCUAUUGGUGGUACCCCCGGGUGGGAUCCCUCGGCGAUGGGCUUCAGCAGUAAACAGUCUGUUGGUAGUACCCCAGGGCACCUUAUUGGAGCAGAAGCUGUUGAGAGUUACUUCGACGCGAAAAAGAGAUCCAGUCGAGGUCCUGCUCCAGGAGCCACAUCGUCCGACCAGUCUGCACGCAAAGCCGAGCUCAGAGCAGCAAAGCGAUUCAACCCAAGCGCCUCUUCAGAGAACCUGGGCGAGGAUACGCCCACUCCUCGAAAUGAGAAUGGCUCCUCACAACUUCCUUCAGAGAAUGUAGCAGGUCAAUCCGGCGCCUCUCGUCGUCAGCCCAACAAAGCAACACCCGCAGCAACGCAUCGGGGCCACUCAUUGUUACAUUCCUACGGUGCAGACUUCAGUUCCUCAUUUCAAUCUCUCCCAGCAGCAACAACACCAGGUGUCAAUUCCCCCGCUCCUCCUGGCCACGUCCGAAAUACAUCUCUCCCCGAAGUGCUUGAUAUGCCACCACCAUCGGAAAGCUUAUUGCGUACAAUAAUAGACUCCCUCCCCGUCCAGAUAUUUACCGCUCUCCCCACAACAGGUACACUGACUUGGGUAAACUCAAAGUUCCUUGUUUAUCGUGGGAGAGAUUCGCGGCAAGUCCUUCAAGAGCCCUGGGAUGCUAUCCAUGCCGAAGAUCGGGAUGCCUAUCUGGAGCAGUGGAAUAAAUCACUGCGUACCGGACAACAAUUGCAACAGAAGGUCCGACUACAGCGCUUCGAUGGCCAUUACCGUUGGUUCUAUGUUCGCGUUGCUCCCUUGAAGAACAAGCGCCAGCAAAUCGUCCACUGGAUCGGAACAAACAUGGACUUCCACGAACAGCAUCUUGCUGAACUGAAUGCCGCUCGGCAGCAGGAGACGGCUGCAUCUGAAGCAAAAUAUCGCGCCCUUGCUAAUUCAAGUCCUCAAAUCGUGUUCGUUGUAUCUAACCGACGCGGCAUCAGCUUCUGCAACAGCCAGUGGAUCACUUAUUCCGGACAAACACAGGAACAAGCACAUGGCAAUGGUUUCUUAGAAUUCGUGCAUCCUGACGAUGUGAUCAAGUGCAAGUUACCCGAAAUGACGGAUGACGGCAUAACUACGAACGUGCCUACCACGCUUCCACCAGAUUACGGCCGGAAGGAUUCAAGUUCCUCUGAAGAAUCUUCUGAAACCGAGAGAACAGUCACAAGCCCGGGUGCCUCGUCAGAUAUGGAGAUGCCUCAAGCCAAACUGUCCAAACUGGCAGACACCGGCAUCCUCAAGAUCAGCAAGGACGCCGAUGGUCGGGCGUCUUACAGCACGGAGGUCAGGCUGCGUAACAAGGACGGUGACUAUCGAUGGCACCUUGUGCGCAUACUAUUAGAGAAGAGUCUUGCAGAAGAGCAGGAUGAAGAAACUUGGUAUGGCACUGCCACUGACAUCAAUGACCAUAAACUUCUCGAGCAAACUCUGAAGGAGACGAUGGACUCAAAGACUCGGUUCUUGAGUAACAUGUCCCACGAAAUCCGCACACCCUUGAAUGGUAUCUCCGGAAUGGUCAAUUUCCUCCUGGACAGCCCCCUCAUCACUGAGCAGCUUGAACAUGUCAACAUCAUCAAGGCAAGCACGGACAGCUUGCUCAAUCUAAUCAACGACAUUCUCGAUCUAUCAAAAGUAGAAGCAGGCAUGAUCAAGCUAACCAUGGAAUGGCUCCACCUUCCUUCGCUGCUAGAGGAGGUCAACGAUCUCAACAUGGGUCUGGCCAUCCAGAAAGGACUCGAGCUCAAUUACCUCGUCGAAGAGGGUGUACCAUCAAUGGUCAAAGGUGACAAGUUCCGCAUCAGACAAGUCCUCCUCAACGUGGUGGGCAAUGCAAUCAAGUUUACGCAAAGAGGUGAAGUGUUUGUUCGCUGCAGGACGUGCCCAACAGACAAGUCCAACGAGUUGAAUGACAACGAAACAAUGGUUCAAUUCGAAGUGAUCGAUACGGGCAAAGGCUUCACCCAGCAAGAGGCCAAAUAUCUGUUCAAGCGUUUCAGCCAGAUUGACGGAAGCAGCACAAGACAGCACGGUGGCACUGGACUCGGGCUGGCCAUAUCGAUGCAGUUUGUCGAACUCCAUGGCGGAAAGAUGGAUGCUCGCAGUGUACCAGAGAAGGGAUCCACGUUCUUCUUCACACUCAAAUUCGGUCUCCCGACAGAUGAUGAUCAUCCUACACCUAUUGCGCCGACACCAGGUACUCCUUCUCAAGAACCGUUGGCAGGUGCAGCGCCACCAACACCUCUAGCCAUCCAGAGACCGGUUAUCCCUCAAAUCCCUUCCGUCGCGAGCGCCCACAAGGAACGCAUCCUCAGCAUUUCAUCCGAUUAUAGUGAUUCAGUCAAAUCUCCCGCGCCUAGCCUGACAACUUCUGAGCGUUCACGCGAUUCACCCUUGCUCUCGUCUGGCAGUUCGGAUCCAUCGAUCGGGCCUACGUCUGGGGGCGCCAAGUCAAGUCUGCGUUCAGAAAGGUCUUCUGCCUCGUCGUUCUUGCAGGAUUCCGAAAGUAAGGAUGCAACCAUUAACCUUGCUCUCCCAGUGAAACGAUUGGGCAGCGACCAGGACAUUAAAUCGGAUGAUUCAUCUCUGACUCUCAAUUCAGACGAGACGGUUCGCUCGCCGGAAGUCAGCAUCAGCCGUAGCCUGUCACCGUUAGGAAGCGCCCUUCAACCGCCAAUGUACUCGAUCCUCGUAGUUUGCCCUCUGGUCCAUAGCCGAGAAGCAACCAUCAGACACAUUCGGAAUACAUUGCCCCAGGGAAUACCUCACCAGAUAACAGGCCAGCCCAAUCUGGUCGAGGCACAGCGUAUGAUAGGCGGCGAUGAUCCUGUCCUCUUCACACAUGUGGUUUUGGUACUCCACAACACAGUCGAAGUCAUCGCCAUCAUGGAUCAGAUUCUAAGCUCUUUAGUCCAUGAGAAGACCUCCAUCGUUGUCGUUUCUGACCCAACGCAAAAGAAAGAGCUAAUCAGGGAAGCACCGGUGUAUGACUAUGAUCAGCUGUCUCUCGAUCGUCGGCUUCGGUUCAUUUAUCGACCGCUUAAGCCAUCGAAGUUUGCUGUCAUCUUCGAUCCCCAGAAGGAACGAGAGUCGUCAACGGAUCGCAACCAGGACUCCGCACAACAAGUAGUUUUCAACCAAAAGCUCGUCUUCGAAGAGCUGAAAAGACGGCUUGGAGACAAGGGCCACAAGGUCCUACUCGUCGAGGAUAACGCUAUCAACCAAACGGUGGUCUUGAAAUUCCUUGCCAAGAUAUCUAUCGAGACUGAAACCGUUCUGGAUGGCGUUCAAUGUACCGAUAGGGUUUUCUCCAAGCCACCGGGAUACUACUCCAUUAUCCUUUGCGAUCUCCACAUGCCAAACAAGGACGGCUACCAAGCCUGCAAGGAGAUAAGACGAUGGGAGAAGAAGAACGCCUACAAAAGACAUCCAAUCAUUGCACUGUCGGCCAACGUCCUUGGCGAUGUCUAUGCUAAGUGCGUAGAAGCCGGCUUCAACUCCUAUGUCACCAAACCCGUCGAGUUCAAAGAACUCUCCCUAGUCAUGACCAAAUUCCUGGAUCCAGACGAUCCCUCCAAACCACCGGAACUCAUGAAAUUACGAAAAUCAUAAGGCAUAGCCGGCCACGGUCCCCCAAACAGACCGUGAAGACGUACACAAACGCUCGGGUCCACAGCAACAGAAAAAAGUACGUGGAAAAGUGUGACCCGCAAGCAAAUCACUUCCCCUGCAUCAGCGAUAUCGGCGCAUGGAAAGACAUACACCUCUGUGGGAAAUAAAUCAUGUUUUUCUGUUUGUAAACCAACGUUCCUCAGAGCGCGCGCACGCAUUCUCCCCCCUUUUUUACCAUAAUCUCCGUGCAAUGCAUUCGGCGUAAAUAAAUGUAAUGAAAUGAAUUGGGAAGA